CCCUCUCCCCGCCGGCUGCUUAAUGUAGCAAAAUACAACAGCAACAUUGGGCACUGUGUGCAAUUGGAGGCAUUUGGCGGGUACCGAUAUCCGAUCCGUGGGAAGGUCGGAAGCUUUGUUGCUGUUUCGGUCUCUAUCUAGCCCAUCAUCCAGGCAGCCGAAGAGCUGUUUACGUUCCUUGCUAUCAGAAUAAACAUAAAAAAAUAAAACGUGUAAUCGUUUUCCGGAAACGACCUGUGAUUAUUUUUUUUGCUGCAUUUUAUUUGCAACCCUGCUUACUUCGAAAGGCGUUAGUUGGGAAUUGGAUUGCUGUUUUACAAGCUAUCUCCAAGUGGUAUUUUAUUGGUGAUGAUGUCGCUGCAGCUAGCAGCCCGCUGCUGGGAUAUGACGGCUGCCGAGCGAUGUAAUUUCAGCAGUGGACAGUUCCCAUUAAAGAUGUGUCACAGCACUUGCCCAAUGAAUUCCUCUGACCGCUUUUCACAAUUCCCUCGUGGGGAACAUUUGAUCGACACUGUUAUGGAAGCUACAACGAUUUGACGUCAGGGCGAUGCCUUGCGUAGCAUUUGGUGCGUAGACACUAUUUUUCUAUUCAUGCUCGGAGGUACCGCUUUCAUUUCGCUUGACAACAUCCAGCUCAUUGCAAAGACACCUCACCGCCUCCCCACAUACUACGGGACCAGCCUGAGCCCUCGCAGCGCUUGCCCCGAUCCUGCGGCGCUUCCUUCUUCCAAGACCCUUUUAUUCACUACGGCAUCGAAACGACAAUGAAACUGAGAUGUCCUUCGCUGAGAUUUGCAGCUCUCCUGGUGUUGGUGCUCUGCUCCAUCGCGGACAUGUCCAGCACAGCCAAACAAUACGUUAACGAAUGGGCAGUGGAAGUGUUUGGAGGAGCGCAGGUAGCGAGAGCUAUUGCCGAAGAACUGGAGUAUAAUUUUGUGGGUCAGAUUGGAGAACUUCAAAAUCACUAUCUACUCCGACACAAAAUUCAUCCAAGAAGAUCUCGAAGGAGUGCUGACCACAUUACAAAACGAUUAUCUGAAGAUGACCGGGUGGCUUGGGCAGAACAACAGUAUGAAAAGCAAAGAAGUAAGCGCUCUCCACCAAAGGACUGUGCAGAUUGUAUGGCACAGAAAAUGUUUACCGAUCCCAUGUGGAAUCAACAAUGGUAUCUCCAAGAUACCAGGACUUCGUCAUCUCUCCCAAAACUGGAUCUUCAUGUUAUUCCAGUGUGGAAAAAAGGGAUUACUGGCAAAGGAAUUGUGCUGACUGUGCUUGAUGAUGGGUUGGAAUGGAACCACACAGAUAUCCAAGCAAAUUACGAUCCAGAAGCAAGCUAUGAUUUUAAUGAUAAUGAUCCAGAUCCCUUUCCAAGAUAUGAUCCAACUAAUGAGAACAAGCAUGGAACCAGGUGUGCUGGGGAAAUUGCAAUGCAAGCCAACAACAAAAAAUGUGGAGUAGGAGUGGCGUACAAUUCAAAAGUUGGAGGUAUCAGGAUGCUGGAUGGUAUCGUAACAGAUGCGAUUGAAGCUACUUCAAUUGGGUUCAACCCACAGCAUGUGGACAUUUAUAGCGCAAGCUGGGGGCCAAAUGAUGAUGGGAAGACUGUGGAAGGUCCCGGCAGACUUGCACAGAAAGCGUUUGAAUAUGGCAUUCAGAAGGGUAGAGGAGGAAAAGGGUCUGUUUUUGUCUGGGCAUCUGGGAAUGGGGGUCGCCAAGGUGAUAACUGUGACUGUGAUGGAUAUACAGACAGCAUCUAUACUGUGUCCAUAAGCAGUGCCUCCCAACAAGGGCUGUCUCCAUGGUAUGCAGAAAAGUGUUCCUCCACGCUUGCUACAGCCUACAGCAGUGGAGACUACACAGAUCAAAGAAUUACAAGUGCCGAUCUUCACAAUGACUGCACUGAGACUCACACUGGGACUUCAGCCUCAGCCCCCCUGGCCGCUGGGAUUAUUGCCCUUGCUCUGGAACAAAAUCCAAAUCUCACUUGGAGAGAAUUGCAACAUUUAAUUGUCUGGACCUCCGAAUAUGAUCCAUUGGCCAACAACUUGGGUUGGAAGAAGAAUGGAGCUGGUUUAAUGGUGAACAGCAGAUUUGGGUUUGGGUUGCUGAAUGCCAAGGCACUGGUUGACAUGGCAGACCCUAAAACAUGGAAGGGCAUACCAGAUAAGAAGCAGUGUAUUGUCAGAGAUAUUACAUUUGAAUCCAGGCCUUUGAAAGCUGGUGGAGAAAUUACAGUUGAAAUCCCCACCAAAGCUUGUGUGGGGCAAGCCAACCACAUUACAGCUCUGGAGCAUGUGCAGCUGGAGGCAACCAUUGAGUACACACGGAGAGGGGACCUUCACAUCACUCUCACAUCUCCGGCAGGAACUAACACUGUACUCUUGGCUGAACGUGAGAGGGACUCCUCACCUAAUGGCUUUAAAAGCUGGGCCUUUAUGUCAGUGCACACCUGGGGAGAGGAACCAGUGGGCACAUGGGUGCUGAGCAUUACUGACGUGUCUGGAAGAUUGGAAAACCAAGGCAAAAUCAUCAAUUGGAAGCUGAUUCUACAUGGUACCUCCACUAAACCGAAACAUAUGGAGAAACUCAGGGUGUACACUCCGUACAACGCUGUUCAGAAUGAUAGGAGAGGUGUGGAGAAGACAGAAGAGCGAAUAGAGGAAGACGUUUCCAAGAAUGACGGAACUGAAAAUCUAUACUCGAAGGAAAACACCAGUAAAGAGAAUGGGAACAUGGAAGAAAAAAUGACUGAAGAAAAAAUACCUUUACCUUCUGGUCAAAAGACAUUUGCCCCACAGGCUCAAAAUAAUAAUGCUCAGCAUUUUUUCCAUAACAGUAAAUACCAUAAGGAUGCAGCAGUACCUAUUCAGAGCUUGCAUCAAGUCCCAGGAAAACUAAACAAACAGUCCCAGUUGAAAGACUUUGAAGACAUUGAAUAUAGCGAUCACAGUAACCAGCUUUACGAUACCAAAUCUUACAAGCAUAGAGAUGAUAUAUUACUUCAAGCUUUAUUAGAGAUGCUGGCUGAGAGCCAAUAAUUUUGAACAUGUGGUUAGGUUUUGUGUUGAGUACUUAAUUGUAUAAUCUUGGUAUUUUUGUGACUGUGUAAAGCAAAUGAAUUUGACAAAGAAUUUAAUUAACAUUCCCAUUAUUUAUUUAUUUAUAGCUGGUCUGUAAUUUCACCAUAUCCGUUGUGUACAAUGUGACUUUGUAGGUUUUGUUUCAUGACUAAUGAGCAGGCCAUGGGUCUGAAUAGAAAUGUUAAGAUCACAAAGCCAUUUGAGCUAUGAUACUAAUAACACACAGUUUAGUAGAUUCAGGCAAUCAUUAGGAUGUUAUUAGCCAAUGGUGAUAGAAGCAAAUUAUUAAUAGUUAAACGAGUACCAAAGCAUUUGAUGAUUUAUUUUGCUAUUUGUGAGCAUGACAUUUCGUACAACUUGCAAAAAAAAGGCAAGGUAUUAAUUGUUUCAUAAUCUGGAAAACUUGACAAUCAAAAGUGUUUUUACACAAAAAUAUUUUAUUUAAAAGUGAACUUAUUUGCCUUAGCCCUAGCUUUAGUGGAGUCGGUUUUGUUCCACAAACUGAUAGGCAAACUGUGGGCCUAAAGCCCCUGUACCACUUAUGAAACCUGAACGGAAAUCUCUGGAGACUUUGCGCCCCACCCAAGGUUUCCGUGCGGUGCCCGGAGGUUGCAGGUGGUUGCCGGAGGUUGCAGGUAGUGGAAGCAGGUAGGGAGACUGACAAAAACCUCCGGGAACCGCACGGAAACCUUGGGUGGGGCACAAAGUCUCCAGAGGUUUCCGUUCAGGUUUCCUAAGUGGGACAGGGGCAUAAGCAACAAUUGUAAGAUUUCAAUGUUACAAAAUUGGCUUUACAAUCAAAAAGCCAUAGAUCCCGGUCCCAGAAUAGUUUACCAUUCUUACCUAUUGUUUGUCAUAGAUUUAACAAUUUAACCAAAUAAAGAAUACCUCAUGAUUGUGAAGUUUUCAACCUUAAUGCUUCCAGGAGCAGAAGUCCAACUGACUUAAGCUGAUGAGGACAUAUUGAAAAUACCAAGCUUUAUGCUGGAGUUGAGUUCUGUGCGUGAUAUGAAUGGGUGGGGCCACUUUUAGACCAAGUGCAAGGCCCGGCACAACAGUGCUGAUAAUCUUUGACCUUCGACAACAGGUCAAGUCAUGCCCCGAGGCUUAGCCCAGGAACAAACCAGCAAAACAAAAUGAAAAGACUAACAUUUGAAAAUGGAUCCAUUUGAAUGAAUUCAACAGUGGCUGAAUGGGAGAUACCAGAGAGUAAUGGUGGAUGGUUGUUUGUCAGGUUGGAGGUCGGUGACUAGUGGGGUGCCUCAGGGAUCUGUGUUGG